AUGCCUCAUCUUCCGCGCGUACCGGCUUUUCCUAUCGCUGGAGAGAGGAGCAUUCUCACAGCAGCCGGUGCAGCACUCAAAAUCCCAGCAAAGGAGAAAGCUUCGCCUCUCAUUGGUCAACUCGCUCCCGAAAUCUCUGCCCAAGAUCAUCUCGGUCGACCCGUCUCCCUUCACGCCACCAUCGAAUUGGGCCGUCCGAUCGUCCUCUACUUUUUCCCUCUCGCAGGCUCACCACAUUGCACCAAGGAAAGCUGCUCUUUUCGUGAUGCAGUCGGCACUUCACCCAUCUUUAACGAUCUCAAUGCAGUCGUCAUCGGCAUUUCGCAAGAUCCACCUGCAAGAUCGAGGAAGUUCGUAGACGAACACCAUCUUGGGUUCCGAAUUCUGCACGACUCGAACCGCUCGAUCAUGGACGCCUGGGGUGUGGGAAGAGGGCUCUUGGGGUUGAUCGAUGGUAGGUGUACAUUCAUCAUUGAUCAGGAUGGCAUCGUAAGGGCAAUGCUGGAUGGAGUUUGGGACUACAAGGGACAUCGCGAUUUUGCGGAAAAGUGGCUGUGCAGGAUCGAGCACGAGCUGGCGGGUAGACAACGCUUCUACAUCGAACACGAUGCAGACGAGUCCGUUGCGUGCGAUGAGAUUUCGAGGAACGUCAAGAUCGUUUACGGAGAUGCUGUCGCGGCACGUGGGAUCGCAACUGCUCCUCGUCAUGGUGCUGCACCAUCAGCUGCCAAGACCAAGACUUCGGCAACCUCGCUCAAGCCUCCUCCAUCUUCUGAACCCAAGACUGCCCCGGUGUCACUGGCAGCGGAAGCCGCUCAGUCGGUGCCACGGCACAAGUCUCGACGCAACCUCAGAAACUGGUUGAGGCCCUCGGAUUCUGUCACCGGAGUCUAUGACGAACCUCUGCACGUGGACUACAAGCUCACCAACCGCAGCUUGGACGACGUCGUUCGACAGCGUCAAGCAAGAUUGGUCGAUGCAGGGAUGGCUGUCUCAUCUGUCGACAAGACCACUGCUCGCAUGCGUUCGUUGAGACUGGACGAGGACAAAGCGGCUGCGCCGGUGCUUGUACGCGACUUCGCUGUGGACCCUCAUUCGAGACAGGGGUCGGGAUCUGGUUCGGGCUACGCGACACCAUCAACCAUUUCAGCUGGGUCCGUGUCGACGGGCGAGACGAGUCACACUUCGCCGGGACCCGAGUCGCAUGCGAUCAGACUCGCUGCCGCCAUCAAGAACGGCAUUGUUGCUGAAAAUGCCAAUCUGGAGCGAGCGGGAUCUUCCCGGCGUCGCACGCUGGCGAGCAACGAUUCCAACAUUGUCAACGGUGGCGUCACCGCCAGUCCUGCGUUGACCAAAGCCAGAUCCAGCUCGUUGAUCAACAACAAGCGAUCCUCGUCAGCGGGUCAUUCCUCUAGCGUGGAGGUGCCUGUGGGAGAAUCUUCUGUGACGGAUGCGUUCAAAGCUCGAAGCACUGACGGACACGGUCUGUCAGCCGACACGGUGUACGCCAACGGCAACAUUGCAAGGAUGCCUCUCUUACCUUCGGUGAAUGGCGAUCACAGCACGGACAGCAUGUCCACUGUAGGACAGCACGACCACCAUCGGCGUAGUCGGAUCGAAGCGUCGCACGAUUCGUCGUCUGCAGGAGGUAGUUCGUUGCCUGUUCCACCGAGACGCGGCGCGAGAAGUGGAGCCGUAGCGGCUGCCGCCGCUGCGAGGUUGCAGAUGUACGCCUCGCCGAUAACGAGGUCAGAGGUGGAGGAAGACGACGACGGGUACGAAACUGAUCGUGCUGUGUCGAGGUCUGCAUCGAGAUCGGCGAUAUCGAGCUCGCCUCGAAUACUGCCUCCGCAGCCGACAGCACCUACACAUGCCCCACCUCCAAUCCCGGACGUCUCGCCCUCGCCUUCCUUCGGAACCUGGUCUUCCCUGCAACCGGCACACUUUGACGACGACGAAGGCGAUGCCUUGCCGGAGCAGCACAGACGUCUGUCCAACACGCCCAGUUUUGCGGCUUCGACGCGCAGCGAGUCGUCGACCGCGGGGAGGUACAGUCCCAGUUUGGCGGAUAGCACGCAUACAUUUGGCUGGGAGGGUCAAGAUGAUUCAUUGUAG